AUGGGGAGCGUGGGAGACCUUCGGCCUUGGAUGCUAGUUUUGCUCUCCUUGCUGGGUUUGAUCUUGGCAGCACCCUUAGCACCCAGAUGUUCAGACGGAGUCUGCAGUACCAGUGUCCCAGAAGGCUUCACUUCUGAAGGGAGCCAGGUAUCUCAGGACAAGGACAUCCCCGCAAUUAACCAAGGGCUCAUCUCUGAGGAAACCCCAGAAAGCAGCUUCCUGGUUGAAGGCGACAUCAUCCGGCCAAGCCCCUUCCGAUUGUUGUCAGUGACCAACAAUAAAUGGCCCAAGAGUGUUGGUGGCAUUGUGGAGAUCCCCUUCCUGCUCUCCAGCAAGUAUGAUGAGUCCAGCCGCCGGGUCAUUAUAGAGGCCUUUGCUGAGUUUGAGCGUUUCACAUGCAUCCGGUUUGUUGCUUACCAGGGCCACAGAGACUUCAUUUCCAUCCUUCCUAUGUCAGGGUGCUUCUCUGGUGUGGGACGCAGUGGAGGGAUGCAAGUGGUGUCCCUGGCACCCACUUGUCUCCAGAAGGGCCGGGGCAUUGUCCUACAUGAGCUCAUGCAUGUGCUUGGCUUCUGGCAUGAGCAUUCACGGGCAGACCGGGACCGCUACAUCCGAGUCAACUGGAACGAGAUCCUCCCAGGCUUUGAAAUCAACUUCAUCAAGUCUCGGAGUAGCAAUAUGUUAGUACCCUAUGACUACUCGUCAGUGAUGCAUUAUGGGAGGUUUGCCUUCAGCUGGCGUGGACAGCCCACCAUCAUACCACUCUGGACCUCCAGUGUGGCCAUUGGCCAGCGAUGGAACCUGAGCACCUCAGAUAUCACCCGGGUCUGCAGGCUGUAUAACUGCAGCCAAAGUGUCCCUGAUUCCCACAGGAGAGGGUUCGAGGCCCACAAUGAUGGAAGAAGCCUCUCUCCUGCCUCGCUAUCACAUCUACAAAGACUUCUGGAGGCACUGUCAGAAGAAUCUAGAAAUUCUGCCCCCAGUGGCUCCAGGACUGGAGGCCAGGGUAUCAUUCCCAGGCUUGUAGACAGCCAGCAACGAUGGGAGCAUCUUGCUCAGAGCAAGUUCAGUGUGGAGGCCUCGGCAACACCACCUCAAAGACUAGCUGCUUCUCCAAGGUCAGGGCCUGGAGCAGGUGCAGAUGGCAUUUCUCUAGGGCAGUUUCAGGCAGCCCAAGUGCCCACUGCACUUCCUACUCCAUUUCCAGAAACCAGAGACCAGCCAGCACCUAUCCAAGAUGCCUUGGAGAGCCUAGCUUUGCUUCCGGGAGGUUGCGCACCCGGAAGUCACUUUAAAGAGGUGCCCAGAGACUGAGCUUGUUGACCUCUGACCCCAAGAGGGGAGGGUAUAUUCUGCCCAGAGAAGCUAGGUUCUUGAGACCCCUCUGAGCAUCAUCAUUCCUGUCUCCUAUCCCCUGCACUGGCCACUUUUGGAGACUCUGGUCACUCCCUAGGUCUCUUUCUCCACCACAUCCCCUCACACCCUGCAAAGUUUCUAGGGAUAGAGAGGCUCCCAAGGUCUGUUUGUUCUUGACUUGAGCCUUAGCCCUGGAAGAUGCUGGGGAGAUGGGAUCCUGAGAGGGGUGGGCAAGGGCAAGGUUCCAGUUCUGAAGGGCCUCUGGGAAUUCUCCACCUGAGGAUCAGCUCCCAGCAUGGACUUGAGUGUUGCCUUGGGCGUGGUCUAAAUGGGAAGCCGUGUGAUUGGGACCAUAAAUACCCUCCUGUCCAUUAUGCCUUGCUUUAAGGAUGUUCUGAAGCCCUGGGAUUCAGCCCUGGUAUCCAAAAGGCAGAGCCCAGUUCUCCUGCUAAGCUGGACUAAUAAGAGGUGGCUCCUUACUAGGUCUUCAUGAUGGGAAGCCUUGACAAGAUCACCAGUCACUGGAUAGCAGACUGGAACCUUAGUCCCACAUCAGACCACUGUUUCUGCUGCUUUGCCCAGAAGAUGCUCAGUAGAAGACACUGGGUUGGGGGGGGUGUCACAACAUUUGUCCUUCAGCUUUGCCACACUCCUCCUUGGUCUUCCAUAAGGUUUCUUCUAGGACCAAAGAAAGUGUGUAGGUACUAGGGUGUGGGCCAGGAGACUGUUGGGAGUUCAGGGAAGCCCUGCUUGGGAUGGGAGGGGAACUAGAACUCUGAACUAGUGGAGAAGGGAGCCUCAUUCAUAUGGAAGAAGGCAGA